AUGCUAAGAACCAUCAAACAAAUUCAUACAAAUGACCCACAAAAUAUUUGGAUAGAAACUUUUGAAAUUUUCUUUGGAUGGGCGGUUGGGGACACGUACGUAAUACGUAUGAUGACAGAUUACACUGGGAUUGAUUCUUCAACUGUAGAAAAUCCUGUGGUAGAAACUUUAAAUGAAAGUAUAGAGUCUAAUGCUGUAAUAUCAGAACUUGAUGUACCUUUCAAUUCUAUUGAUAUUUUAGUGUAA